AAGAAUCCCAGGUGGCCGAAUAAUUAGCGAAUCCAGGACGUGUUUGAAAGGACACUUCUGUCUAAGUCGUUUCAUAUAAUACUGUCCCUGUUUCCACAAGUUAACAACUGUUUAAAAUGCUGUGGAUAAUUUUACUAGUUGCAUGGUUUUGUGAAGUGUGGGGAACUCCUGUGGAUACACUGAAUGCCACUGAUAUCCAGGAUGCUGAAGGAUACUCACUGCAGAGUGGACCGCCUCAUCUAGUGAAGACAAGUGAAACACAGCUGGAUUUUGAGGCAGACUAUGCUGUGCAGGAGGGGGAUAUCAUACUACCAACUGACAGGAACGCAGUGAGUGAGCUAUGGCCCGAGUUGAAUGGAAAUUUUUCAGUGCCUUAUGAAAUUGAUUCUGUUAUUGAAAACAGGACUGAAGACAUUCUUGAAGCCAUAAAUAUGAUCUCUGAGAAGACCUGCGUUGGAUUCCAUAAACAUACUAAUGAAACUGACUAUUUGCUCUUUGUAGAUGGAAAUGGGUGUGCGUCUUACGUUGGAUGUAGGGGGGGUGCGCAGCCUCUUGUGACUGGGCCAAAAUGUCACAUUGGGAACAUCUGCCACGAGAUCCUUCAUUCCCUUGGCUUUUACCACGAGCAUUCCCGCUAUGACCGUGGUGAUUAUAUCACUGUACUUGAUGAAAACAUCGCCUCUGGGAAAAAGGGAAAUUUUUUAAAGAGAAAAGGAAACACCCUUGGUCUGAAGUAUGACCUGGAAUCAAUUUUGCAUUAUGGAAGCAAUUAUUUCUCUCGCAAUGGAAAACCCACAAUUCAGCCCAAAGAGAGCAAUGUAACUAUUGGCCAGAGGACUCACUUGUCUGAUCUGGAUGUGCAAAGGAUCAGGAAACUGUACCACUGUGACGAGACAAAAUGAGGAUCAAGCAAAAUCUUGUCCAACCUCACAAAUGUUCUGAUUGGCAUUUUUAAUGGAUACUUGAUGACAGGAAUUCUGAAUCUAAGAGGACAAAAGGGUCUGAAGAUCGACAUCUGUAUGGCUCAUUCUGAAUUUGUCAAUGUUGUCUGACUUGAAAUAAAUUCAUUUACAGGUCCUUCAUUCCACUGUUCUUGUUUUAUUGUCAUUUCUAUAUUUUGUCCAGUAGGUGGUAGUCACUGUGCACUUUUAGUUGGAUAAUGUGAAUGGAUUCUGUUGCCGAAAAGUAUACAGUACCAUUUCAUUAAGUCAGUUCUAUGACAUUGCAGUGUAGUGUUUUUCUUUUUAAUUCUUAAAUGGUUUUGAGUUUAAUUUCACCAGCAUACUUGCUAAUCACAAUCAGGUUUCCUUGUUUGGAGAGCUGAAAUCUGUUGCAGUACGUCUGAUAUUGUUUUCUUAUUGUAUUUUGUAAAAGCAGCCUUAAUAUGUUCGUUGAUUCUAGUAAACUGUAUACUAAACUACCUUUAAUUGUGGUCUUGUAAAUGCUAGAUAGGUUGUAAGUUUUUAGUUUCAUUCGCCA